UAGCGUAUUGCUUUGUGGAGUUGUGCCGGGCAUGAUUUGACGAGGUUCGACAUGAUUCUGUCCAGCUCCUCCUCGAUCAUCUCGCCUCUGGAGCUAAGGUACUUGUAGAGCUGCAUGAUUUGCUCCUUGUUUGCUGUAUUGCUGCUGCUGCUGCUGCUCAAUGGUGCCUCUGUUGUUGCAGAGCGGCACUGGAAGUGGAUGAAUUUUUCUGCUCUGCUCGCCGGUGAGCACGAACUUUGGAUGUGUUUCGUGCUUCUGAUUGAGGAGAAGCUCGCUCUAGAACCACCAAUCGCAUUGGAACUUGAACAACACCUUUUGAGAGCAAUAGCGAGCGUGAAAACGUUCUGUCAUUCCAGCGGAGAAAUCGCAAGCGAUGAAGAACGACGCGCAAGGGCUGAGGGACGCGACCGCCGUAGAUAGAUCUGCUAGAGGAUGGAACCAAAUGAAUGCAUU